UUACCGCUGUGAAUUGUGGGUGUUCAGUUUUUACAUGGAGAAUCUGCAGCGUGUGAGCCUGGAGGGAAAUUACCGCUAAACGGCUGCCUCUUUGGGGUCUAUUCACACAUACAGUAUACUGCGCAUAUUUGAUUCACAUGAUUUGAAGCAGCAGAUUUUAAUGUAAUGGAAAUGACUGGACACAGCUUCACAUCCUGCACAUAAAUAAGUCAGUGUUUCCCAACCAGUGUGCCUCCAGUUGUUGCAAAACUACAACUCCCAGCAUGCCCGGACAUCCUCUGCCAUUGCCUUAGCAAUGGCGAGGGCACAGGCCGAUCCCGUUAAAGACCUCCAGGAGGAACUAACCUGUCCCAUUUGCCUCGAUAACUUCAUAGACCCGGUCUCUAUACAAUGUGGUCACAACUUUUGUCGAGAAUGUAUAUCUCGAACAUGGAAGGGCGUUCGCAGCAACUUCUCGUGCCCUCAGUGUCGGAAGGUGUCCAGAUGGAAGUUCCUAAGACCCAAUCGUGUUGUGGGAAGUGUCCUGAAGAUUUCUGCUCAGCUGAUGGAAGCAAAAGGAGGUGAAGAACACCGGAAACAGUGUGAGAAGCACCAAGAGCCGCUCAAAUUGUAUUGUAUAAAUGAUGCUAAAGAAAUCUGUGUUGUGUGCAGAGAGUCAUUCUAUCACAGGAGCCAUACGGUAAUACCGGUAGAAGAAACAAGCAAGGAAUUUAAGGGCGAAGUUCAAGAUCGUAUGCAGGCAUUAAGAAAGGAGCUUGCCAGUAUUGCCCAACGUAUAACUGGAGAAGAAGAGAAAGCUGUAGAGCUACAGGCUGAAGUUUUACAAAAACGUAAAAUGGUGACUUCAGGUUUUGAAAAUUUACGACAACUUCUGGCUGAUGAAGAAACAAUCAUCAUCCACCGCCUGGAUAACCUUGAGAAAACAAUUAAACAGAGGAGAAAUGAAAGUGUCAGCAGGCUCAAUGACCAGCUCUCAUCCCUCCAAAAAAUCAUUGAUGACCUUGAAAAAAGUUUUCAAGUUUCAAACAGCCCUAUUGAUCAGGACCAGAAAGCUACUGUGGGCAGGGACCUUCCUGAAAUUCUUCACUCUAAAUGUAGAGUACCCAGACAUGCUGGUAGCAGGGCAACGCUGGACAAUUUAAAGUUAUUCCAAGUUCCAUUAUCCCUGGAUCUGAAAACUGUCAACCCAAAUCUUCUGGUAACCUGCAACAGAAAAUGUGUAAAAUAUGAGGAAGAGGCUCUGAAUUUGGCCCCCUGUCCAGAGAGGUUUGACUCAAAACCAUGUGUAUUGGCAACCACCGGAUUCAGAAAAGGGAAAUAUUAUUGGGAAGUGGAGGUAGGAGGGGGAAUAUACUGGACCAUUGGCAUUGCAAAAGAGUCUGUCUGUAGAAAAGGAAUGUUUAGAAUUGAACCAGGGAGAGGAAUAUGGGCAAUUGGUUUACUUGGCAUGUAUACAGAUAGAUAUUAUGCUUUUACCAACCCAGACACCCUCUUGAAUCCUAAGGAACAACCUGAAAGAAUUGGAGUCUUUUUAAACACUGAUGAAGGCUAUGUUUCCUAUUACAAUGCUCUGAAUUUGGAACACCUUUUCACAUUUCAUUUUCUGCAAGUGUCUGAAAAAAUCUUUCCCUUUUUUUGUGUAGGAGCCUUAGGAACGGAACUGAAACUUAACGAUUCUCCUCCAAGCUAUUUUUUGCAGGAAAGUUCCACAAAUAAAACCAAAGCAUCUUUUCAUAGUUUUUAUUAGAGCACAUAAAGUUUAUAAGCCAUUAAUGUGCGUACUACAAAAAAAUCUCUUUAAAGUAUAUUACCAGCUUUUAAAAAUGUAAAGCUGUAUUCCUGUAUUUGGAAAUCCCAUUUGGAUUAGUUCUCUAAUGGAUUUCACUAAGAUUGUAAGUUGGAGUCAUUUUAUAAUAUAGAUGGUCAGUAGCUCGGAAUUCAGUGUUAAUUUACAGUUUCUGUUGUGCUAUAUUACAUUAAUCCCUCUGGGAAUCCCUCUAUGCUGGUACGGUUGGCCCUGGGUUCCUCCUAAUGUAAAACAAUACUAGACCUCACGUGGCUGGAGUGUGUCAGCAGUUCAUGCAAGAAGAAGGCAUUGAUGCUAUGGACUGGCCCGCCAGUUCCCCAGACCUGAAUCCGAUUGAGCACAUCUGGGACAUCAUGUCUCGCUCCAUCCACCAACGCCAUGUCUCGCUCCUUGCACCACAGACUGUCCAGGAGUUGGCGGAUGCUUUAGUCCAGGUCUAGGAGGACAUCCCUCAGGAGACCAUCCACCACCUCAUUAGGAGCAUGCCCAGGUGUUGUAGGGAGGUCAUACGGGCACGUGGAGGCCACACACCCUACUGAGCCUCAUUUUGACUUGUUUUAACCCCUUAAGGACUCUGGGUUUUUCCGUUUUUGCAGUUUCGUUUUUUCCUCCUUACCUUUAAAAAAUCAUAACUCUUUCAAUUUUGCACCUAAAAAUCCAUAUGAUGGCUUAUUUUUUGCACCAAUUCUACUUUGUAAUGACGUCGGUCAUUUUACCCAAAAAUCUACGGCGAAACGGGAAAAAAGAUCAUUGUGAGACAAAAUUGAAAAAAAAACGCCAUUUUGUAACUUUUGGGGGCUUCCGUUUCUACACAGUAAAUUUUUCGGUAAAAAUGACACCUUCUCUUUAUUCUGUAGGUCCAUACGAUUAAAAUGAUACCCUACUUAUAUAGGUUUGAUUUUGUCGUACUCCUGGAAAAAAUCAUAACUACAUGCAGGAAAAUGUAUACGUUUAAAAUUGUCAUCUUCUGACCCCUAUAACUUUUAAAUUUUUCCGUGUAUGGGGCGGUAUGAGGGCUAAUUUUUUGCGCCGUGAUCUGAAGUUUUUAGCUGUACCAUUUUUGUAUUGACUUUUUGAUCAGAAUUUUUUUACUCAUACGCCAUUGACCGUGCGGUUUAAUUAAUGAUAUAUUUUUAUAAUUCUGACAUAUGUUUAUUUUUAUUUACACAGUUUUUUUUUUUUAUGGGAAAAGGGGGGUGAUUCAAACUUUUAUUAGGGGAGGUGUUAAAUGAUCUUUAUUAACUUUUUUUUUUUUUUUCACUUUUUUUUUUUUGCAGUGUUAUAGCUCCCAUAGGGGGCUAUAACACUGCACACACUGAUCUUUUAAAUUGAUCAGUGGUUUCUCGUAAGGAACCAUUGAUCGAUGAUUCUGCCGCUUGACUGCUCAUGCCUGGAUCUCAGACACUGAGCAGUCAUUCGGCGAUCAGACAGCGAGGAGGCAGGUAGGGCUCCUCCAGCUGUCAUGUCAGCUGAUGCCGCGAUUUUGCCGCGGCGAUCCUGAACAGCUCCCUGAGCUAACCGGCAUGGUUUUACUUUCACUUUAGACACGGCGUUCAACUUUGAAUGCCACGCCUAAAGGGUUAAUAGUGCACGGCACCGGGAUCAAUGCCGCGCGCUAUUAGCCACGGGUCCCGUCCGUGACGGCCGUCACGCCCCCUCCCAUAGACUUGCAUUAAGGGGACGGGGCGUGACGUCAUACGGGGCGGAGUCGUGACGUCACGUACUUCCGUUCCGGUGGUCGGGACCCAGACCCUCCAGGGCUUCCGGAGCAGAAACAGGUGGGUUCCGCAUGCUAUAUUGCGGGGGUCCUCAGUGGCGGGACCCCCACGAUCAGACAUCUUAUCCCCUAUCCUUUGGCUAGGGGAUAAGAUGUCUAGAGGGGGGAGUACCCCUUUAAAACAGGACAAAGUGGUGCAUGGAGGUAAUAGAAGCAUAUUACAAAAUAUUAUAACUUAGCAUCAUGGGAUCAAAUGCUUUAUUUACGCAUGAUUUUCAAAUCUGCAGAAUCCCAGUUAUAUCAAAGACCACUGAAUUUUUUGCAAAGCAAAUAUCUUCACCAAAAUCUGCUUCCACUGUGGAAUUGUCCACCUUUUAUGAAGGGGGCAAUAUAGAUAAUAUAUUACUAAAUUGGAGCAUUGCUUUAAUACAAAUAUCUUUUUUACUUUCUCUCUAAGGGCAGCAUAACAUAGGAACAGAAACACGGAUACCAAAUGUCUGUCCCUUAUGCCAAUACAUGGUGUAGAUUCGAAGAGGAGUCAUUGAAAAGAGUCACUGUGUCCUUAAAAGACUCACCAUUGCCGCUGCCCCGCCCACCUGUAAGUGAUUGAAAAGUUUCUCUCUAUGCUUAGUGAUAGGAGGAAACCUGUCAAUCAAUGGCAGGUGGAUGGGGAAGUGGUGACUCUUCAGGGUGCACGCAGUCAGCCAAUGGGACAGACUGCUCCAAAUUUGGCAGCAAAUUCUAACUGACAGGUUACCUUUAAGGCUUUUUUUAACAAUAAUAAAGAUAAUAAUUGUAGUAGUUGUUGAUAAUAGUUAAAUAGUUGUUUGUUUUAAGUUUUGCAUUCUGUUUGCAUUUUCAUUUUAUUUCAUGCUUUUACAUUUAGGGCAAUGCAUGUUUAAUUGAAAGUAUGAUAAUAUCUACUGCGUAUGAAAAAACUUAAAAAUAGUGUUCUUUAAUCCACGCAGUGGGGAUAGUGCAGUUUUGUGUGUGUUUGUAAACAGAUCUAUAAAAUAUGUAAUGCACUUUUUUUGAAUUCAGAAUAAAAGUCAAAUUAUUACAUAUUUCUGCUGUUUGUGCAUUGCCUUGUGUUGAGUGUGUUUAUACAGGCAACACUGUGUAGGAAAUAUUUCCUAUUGGUAUAUAAUUUAACCUCUAAAUGACCACUGAUACACCUAGUUACAGCAGUCGUCUUUGUGUCAUUACAUAAGGAGUGGUCUCACCAACACAAUCAUGGGCUGCCAGAGUAACUGAGCGGUUUACUGCCAUACAGUACUGAACUGUAAAUGCAACCUAAUGUUUGCUUAUAAAAGCCCUUUUGUGGGAAUAAUAAAUUGUAAAAAAAGAAAUAAAAUAGAAUAUUGGUGUAAUUGUACUAAUUAUACUGAUCUGCAAAAUAAAGAUAACAACAUAUCAAUAAGAAAAAAGCAAUAGAAAUGUACGAGGGGGACAUACC